AUGGCGCCAAUGAAGAAGAUCAACAAAUGCCCGGACGGUGGGUACAAGGCCAUGCAAAUGAAGCUCCUGCAAGGGAACGAGGUGAAGUGUGCGGUCUGCAAGCAGCUGCUAGAAGAGCACAAGUUCGACCAGGCAGAGUUGGAUUCCUACCUGCUCAACGGCAUCCAUGGAGAAAUGCCAACUGUCUUUCCAGAAGAUGCUAAGCCAGCAACUGCCGAAGAAGCUGCAGGAGAAGAAGGUGAACAAGGCCAGGGUGAUGGGAAGGACAGAGAUAGCAGAGAGGCAGCUCUGUCCCUUCUGAGAACAGUGGAACCCAUGUUCAAAUUGCUGCCAGCGGGCUCAUAUGGAAAGAAGGUUCCAAUCCAAUGCACUGUGUGCAAGAACAAAAAGUGGCCAGACGGCAAGGUCCUGGAGCUUACCUUUCUGAGGGACUACAUGGUCAAGCACUUCAUCAAGCAACACACUGGAAGCAGAUUCCACCGUGACUCUCUGGCGAGGGAACGUGCACCAUGCAUUCAGGUUGAUCGUGUUCCUUGCGAAGGGCUUGCUGUGGAUGAUGAGGAACAAGCCGGCCAACUGUGGAUCUACAAGGAGCAGUUCGAGCUUUGGGCCAGCUAUUGCAAUUUCCAAGGCUGUGCCCAGCAUGAGUACACCAAAGAUGCUAACCAGAGUGCCUGGACUAUUCGCAGUCACCAAUGCCAGCAGCAAACGGAUCUCAGGCCCAAUGUGGGUCGUCAAGUCUGCCCCUCUUGCUUGGACCUUGGCAAAGGCCAUUCAGUCACCAGGAAUGCCUUGCGCUUUGCCAGAAAGUACUACGGAGCACAGCUACUGUCUUGUCGUCUCUAUCAGUCUGACAAUGAUGUUUCUGACGCCCUUGCCAACAUCAGAGAGACGGCCAUGUACAAGAAUGGAGACUCGAAGCUUACGGAGAUCGUGAAACUCCCAACAGGACAGCUGCAGCAAUGGGUGCGGGCUUCCUUUAUGUGCGAUGCAAAAUGCGGGCCAGAGCUGAGGCGGUACAUUGCAACCACAGUGAAGCCGGCGCUGGCCUGCAGCGUUUCAUCGAUCCCUGAAUCCAUGGUGGCAGUCAUGGGCCGCUUCACGGCCAUUGUUGCUGGAGCUGAAGCAAGUGAGGAGGAUUGUGUCAACCUCCGCAUCGCUUCGGCUGCUCUUUCCGGCGAACUCAGCCAGCAUCCCUUGAUUCAAGGCCUUGUUUUACAAUGCCGAAGGAUGGUCGAUAAGGCCAACCGUGGCAUUGACACGAUGCAAGGACGAAGAAGUCGUGAAAGCGACAGGGAAAAGGCCUUAGUGGCCGACGCAGGGCUGACACUGGCUUUACACGCCGGCAAUGCCUCGUUGGCAAAAGAGUUCGGAUUGGCUGCCAGCUUCUGCCGCAUCGAUGUCGACAUGCUGAAGCAGCAAAGCUUACCCACACCAGCUUUACCUAUCCUGUGGCCGGACAUCAUGAAGGAGAAUUGGACACUUGCUGAGCAACGAUUUCCACGGCGUCCUGAUUUUCCAAAGCGUCGGUUGCUAGUUGCGUUUGACGCAACCUACAUCACUUCUCAAGUUUGCCAAAUGCAACUGCAUGGAUCCAGAGCACUAGUUGGGGGCCAGUGGUCAGAGGACACUCCAGAUUCUGCAUGGUUAUCCUUGGAUGAAGAGCAAGAUAUCAGCAAGAUCGUGAAAGCUCGAACCAUUGUGGAGGUGCUUGCAUGGGAUCCAUCCCUCAAGAACAAGCUGCCCAUGUCCAUGUGUUCUGUCCCCGUGCAAGAGAAUUUUGGUGGAUCAGGAGCAAUGUAUCGAUCCUGCUGGUACAUGCUCUCAUUGAUGGGGCAGGUGCUGAAGGACAACAGUGACUUGGUGAAGGGUCUGAUUUUCGAUGGUCAUGGGUCGCACGUGAUGAUCAAGAAGAUACUUCACGGGCAAACAGGGGGGAUCGACCUCGAAGCGCUGCAGCAAGUGCCAUUUUUUGGUGAGCUGAGUCACGAGGCAGUGGCCUCUGGUUUGCCACGCUUUCCCAUUGCCAUCACGAAGUACCAGGGCUCUGUCAUAUGGGGCCUUUGCGGUGUCUGCCACGCCAACAAGAACACAGCAGGGCAGGCUUGCUCGUGGAUCAGAACCAUCUUCUGGGGGAACCUGUGGACGGACUACACCAUGGCCCGUCAGUUCGGCAUGCCGCCAUCGGUCCUAGGGAGGGAGUCGCCCAUGUCUGACCGACUCCACGCGAUGUUCAGCAAUCCCUGGUAUUUAGAUGGGCCCAUGCAAGAGCUCAAGGUGCCAUGGGCGCUACGAGGUGCUCUCAUGCACAACCUCGUAGUAGCGCUCAACUUGGCGCCACUCCUUCAUCGAACAUUCCCGCUGGCACUGCGGGCAGAAGUUGGAGUAUCAGGGUUUGUAGCCCUGGAUCUCUUCCGCAUGUUGGCAGAGGACCAAUGUAGGAAAAUGAAAGCCCCUACAGGAUCCACCUUUUGGGCUGCACAAACUGUUGUGAACAUGCAGAGCUGCUGCUUGGCAGGGAUCCUUGUCACCAUCACCAAAGACGAGGCUUUUAGCCCAUGGAGAGCAGGCUCAGCAAGGAUGUCAGAGAUCAGUAUCGAGGAACAAUUCUCUUUCCUCCGUCGCCAGAGUGCAAAUGCUCAAUUGACUUGCCGAUCAUUUUGGCAGGCAGCCGCGAGGGUUGCAAUUUCAACGGGCAGAAAGCUCAACAAAGAGCAGCCAGCUCCGGUCCAAGGCGAGAAGCCUUUGGGAAUGGAAGAGUUCCAAGACUGUUGCCAGAAAGGCUUCAAGGCAGCCUUGAGUCUUGCAGCGCUGUGCUCUGGACACACAGAAAAGCAGCUUGAAGCUUCUUACCGGAAGUACUGUGCUGAAGGAGGUCUUGAAGGCACAGAUGAAACAAUGGAAGUUGAAGAGGAAGUUUUUGACAAACUUGGAGAAGAACAUGAGGAGGAAAACGAGUGCAUGAAAGUUCUUCACGCUGUUACGCAGGAAACCAUCUUCGUUGACCCAGAUGAGGAUCCAGAAGGUGACCAAAGUCAGAUCACAUCUGAUCCAACUGAGUUGAACUUCAAGCGAGUGAUGGAGAAGGCUGACAAGGAGAAUUGGGAUCAGUUGCUGGGGGCCGGUGCAGUGGAGUCCUCAGCUCAAUCCUCAGAGAAGAAGCAGCGAAACCCCACCACCUUGGGAGAAGUCUUUGUGAGGCCAGGGUGCGUCUGGAAUUCUCUUUGGCGACUGGCUGUGCAGCUUCGAACUGAACCCGGUGGAGUUGAUACCAGAUGGUUAGCCAACGCAAAGAACGUGCGACGUUGCUCGCAAGGCCUGAAUUGGCACCAGUGGAAUGAGAUGCGUCUCAAGCAGAUUCAGCAGGAAGCAGAAAGUUCCCAGUACAAGGCCAGAACCACGCGGCUGGCGAAGUGGCGGGAGCUUGUGGUGGUAGCUCAGAGAGAGUUAGAGUUACCUCCUUCUGCCCCAGAAAAGCUCAUGCCUGGUCACAUUGUUCUUUUCCAGCUCCCAGAGAGCCAAGCUCAUUCCGGUGUCGAGCUGGGCAUGGUGCUUUCCAUAUUCAAGGGCAUCAAGGCCCCCAAGGUCUUCAGCGGAGAGGCAAGUGUGAACUCCAUCAUGGCGUUCCGAGCUGUGGGCUUGGACAUGGUGGACCAAGAGAACAGCUGCGAUUGGUUUUGCAGUGCAACCUCAGCUGCCUGGACCGUUCGUUUGGAGUCACUGGUGGCAGUUCUGGAUUGCGAACAAUGUGUGCAGCCUGAAGACGGUGAUGGCCAAGUCAAGAUUCGUCUCACAGCAGCAUCCAGUGAAGUCUUGGAAAAGGUGCCAGGACUUCAAAGGUGGCGUGUGUCCCCUCCUAUGACCAGGGGAUCCAAAAUCCCGGGAGCUGCGCCUGCUCCAAAACCCAAACCGAAGGCCAAGGGCAAGAUCGUGCAAGGAAAGAUUUUGAAGCCCAAGCAGAAGCCAACAAUUCCCACAAGCGAACCGAAUGAUUCCAUGAUUCGCCGCACGAAGCAAGGCCAGGAAACGAUCAGGGGCCUUAUGAAGGAAAUCUUGGACAUUGAUGAGCAAAUGCACCCUGAAGCUCCAGCCUUCGAUUGGAAGGACAAGGGAAGCUGCCGUUGUAAGUUUGAGAAUUCUCAUUUGAUCACCUGGCAGAUGAUUCUGGACUCUUCUCCAGCGGCAUUUGAGUCGAUGUACAAGCAUGCAACUCCCACGUACUAUGGAAGAAAGGUGUUCAAGCAUCUGACUUCAGUACGCGAGUCCCUGAAGGAUGAAAAGCGAAAGCCAUGGCUGCGAUUGGUGAAAGAUAUCGCCGAUGUCCUGCGUGACAUGAUCCUACACGACGUGGCGCCGGACGCCGCGUGCUACGCUCCGCUGAUCCGCACGCAGCUGAGAAAAGGCGACCUGGAAAGCGGCGUGCAGCUGCUAUCGCAGAUGCAGCGGCAGCAGAUUGAACCCGACUCGGCCACCUUUCAGGCAGUCCUUGAAGUGGCUGCCCAACGUGAACUGCCCAUCUUAGUGCAAGAACUCUUGCAGUCGAUGGAGCACUGGAAGGUGGUCUCGAGCAGCACCUUGGCAACCUUGGUCCGCUUCUACGGGCGCAGCGGUGAUAUCGGGAAGGCCUUCCAGAUCUUUCGAGAGAUGCCCAGGAAGUUUGGCUUCAAAGUUGACUCCAGUGCCUACAUUAGCAUGCUUUGUGUAUGUGCUGCGGAGGGUGAGAUCAGUGAUGCCUUCCAGAUCUAUGAAGAGAUGUUGGCUGCGGGUUAUGAAACGGACACCUCCUGUUUCAAGGCCUUACUCAGCGGUUCCCUGCAGCAUGGCGACCUGGACACGGCGUUUCGCUUGCUCCGUGACGCCUUCGACCGCGGACAGAGCGCGGUGCCCUUGGCGUCGCUGGAGCUCUUCCUGCUGCAGGCGCAACGGCGUGGACGGAAGAUGUUGGCCGAGUCCAUCUUGGAGGACGCCUUGAAGGCUGGUCUCUUCGUGUCGGAGCGCAUGGUGAAUAGCUUGCGAUGUCGGGCCUGAUUUUUCGAAAGAAAAAUCGGGUGAUUUCCAUGGCUUUUCACAAUGAAAAAUGGUGAUUUAUUCGGUUAGAAUGGAAUUUGUUCAUGGUUAAAAUGGUUAUAUGGG